AUGGUACGAGUACCAGUCAACGAAUUGCCCGUAAAUGCUUACUUCUUGCCUCAACAUGGGGUAUUGAAGCUUGAUAGUGCCACUACGAAGCUCUGCACAGUGUUCAAUGGUUCCUGUGCAACAUCUAUAGGAAUUUCAUUGAACGACAUUCUCCACGCAGGACCCAAAACGCAAAUUGAGAUUUUUGAUGUGAUGUUGAGAAUCCGUUGCAGCAGGAUUCUAUUCGCUACUGACAUCACCAAGAUGUUCAGACAGAUUGAGGUCGACUCGCUUGAUUGGCCGCUUCAGUGCAUUCUCUGGAUAGAUGAGAAUGACUUAAUAGACGCUUACUGUCUCAAGACAGUCACAUACGGAACCGCUAGUGCACUUUUUGACGCAGUACGUGUGCUUAUCCAACUAGUAAAGGAUGAAGGACACCGCUUUCCGCUAGCUGUUGCUCCAAUGUUGAAAACACGCUACGUAGAUGACAUCUACGGUGGAGCAGACAACGAAGAAGACGCUAUCAAGGCUGCAGUACAAACAAAAGCUCUGUGUGCAGCAGGCUGCUUCCCGCUUGCCAAAUGGGCUAGCAAUAGCCCACGGUUACUCGCUGAAGUCGCUCCAGAAAAGCAGCUGGAUACACCGCUUAAUGAAAUCAGUGAUGCAGCAGUAAAAGUCCUGGGCAUGUACUGGAAUUCACGCACUGACACUCUCCAGUUCAAGUACACGCUACCGCCAGAGACGCCCAAGACAAAAAGAGCUAUUUUGUCUGAAAUCGCUAAGCUGUAUGACCCGCUAGGACUUCUCACACCAAUAGUCGUCAAAGCCAAGAUCUUUAUGCAAGAUCUGUGGCUAGAUAGAGUGUCAUGGGAUGAACAAUCGUCACCAUCACUCAUUCACAAAUAG